ACACAGAUCAAAAUACAGACUGAGAUCUUGAGGAGAACUCACUCGAAGAACAUUACAAUGCACACAAAGCAGAAUUUAUUUCUGUUGUUUACUUUUAUCAUCGCUUUACUCCUUGGGGUCAGUUACUUCAGCUACACUUCCUCCUGGUUUAGUGACGCGUUGGAGUGCAGACCGACUGUUGACGAAAAACAUCAUGUUCAGAUGGACUUACUCUUUCCUACAGGAACAGCAUGCAAACAGCCCAUUGUCAGUAGUAGUCGGCCAGAUGUUGCCACAACAUCCCCGUGGUUAGCUCCGAUUGUUUGGGAGGAUACAUUUGACCUGACAGUGAUUGACGCCAUCUACAAACAACAGAAUAUCACCGUGGCAACCACCGUCUUCGCUCUGGGCAAGUAUGUGCGUUUCCUGAAGGACCUCCUAGAGUCUGCGGAGCAGCACUUCAUGGUGGGCUACCGAGUGCAUUAUUACAUCUUUACAGAUCUCCCGGAUGAGGUUCCCGCGGUAACACUGGGUGAGGGGCGUCAGCUGAAAGUGAUAAAAACAGCAAGCAUGAACCGCUGGCAGGAAAUCUCGCUACGCAGGAUGGAGAGGAUUGAGAAUCUCAAGCGGUUUGGCAGGAAGAGUCUCACCUGAACAAGUACUUCCUGUACAACAAACCCACCAAGUUGCUCUCACCUGAAUACCUGUGGGAUGACCAAAAAUGGAAACCCGGCUUCAUGAAAGUGGU